AUGAAAGAAAUGGGUAAGUAUAUACAUUUCUCAGAUGACAAGCAUAGCAUAGUUAACAAAGAAAAUAAUAGUCAGUUGUCUAUCGCGCCAAUUCCAAAACCUCCUGUCGGACCAAGUAAAAAUCAUAAAACUCGUGCUCAAGAAGAACCUACUCUUUCCAAUGCACGAAAAUCAAUGUUUCAGCAAAAUAAAACUACUAAAAGUCGACAAAUUAAUGUUUCUAACGUAUUUACUGAAAAACAACCAAUUGAUAAUAUAACACGUGCUCAGGAAGAUCAACCAGCUGAUACUGAUUCAGAAGAAUCUGCUGAAGAUCAACAAAUUGAAGAUGAUUCCAAUGAAAAAAAUGAAAGAAACCUUCAGUGUGUAUGUUAG